AAUUUUCGUCCUCUUUUUAUAUCGUAUUGAUUUGGUUACAUUUCCGACUACACACACGAAACAUUAGGUUUUCGUCUCCACCCACACACCCGAAUAGGAAGAAUGGCUAUGAAAUUGACCGAAGGAGCGAUAGCAAGAAUUUGCAGCAAUGAUUCCGUCUACUCUUGUGAUCCAGAGUUUCAUCCGACGUUGCAAGUAAUUGGGGUGGAAAGCCGCUGUGUUAUGUUGUCUGAUGGUUUGAAUUCUAAUGUCGGAUUGCUCGUCGGUAAUCUAUUCAAUCCAGUCUUUAUAGAAAAGUUGCAGAAAUGGCCUAUUAUUAUACUCACUCAUUACAAGUUGAGCAGAUCUAUGAACAGGGUUAUUUUCAUUCUCGAGUGUGAUGUUGUACUGGACAAUUGUGGUUUAAUCGGAGAACCUGUUCCACUACCCAAUAAUGCUCCUUCGCAAUCAGACUUGGACUACUUUAUCUCUAAGUUUUCUGAUCUUAAGUUGUCUCAGGAGACGAAGCCAGCACUGAGUGAAGGGGUCAUAGAAAUAAUGUGCAAUGACAAUUUAUCUCGUGCCUAUGAGUUUAAGCCAAUCGUGCUACAAGGCUCCAAAAUUUGGUGCGACACCGUUACCUGUCUCUCGGAUGGUAAGCAUUGUAUUCUUGCAGUGUCCCCCACUGAUUUGGCAGAUGAGUUGAUGCAUAAUUAUAAUGUUGACAUACUCUCUAGUGGUUUCAAAGAUAAGUUGCUCCCUACCCCAAAUUUGAACCGUACCUCCUUUGUUCUACUCACUAACUAUAAGUUGCACGAAUGUGAUGGUCACAAGUUUAUUGUCAUCUAUAACUUUCGUUACCUUAAGGAUGCUAAGGACCAUUAUCUUGUUUAUGUUGACCCAAUACACCCUUUUGGUCGUCACUCACAUAACCCCGUCCCAAAAAUUCCUUCUACAUGGAAACCAGUGAAUCUAUCGCAAGGGGCGAUAGAGAAAUUGUUCAGUGAUAAUUUCUCUUCUUAUGAAGGGUUUAAGCCUGUGUUGCAAGUUAUCUUGACCUGUAACAACUAUCUUCUGUUGUCGGAUGGUUUUUAUAUUAACUAUGGACACUUAUCUAGUAAUUUGAGUGAGCUGAGGCUGCACAAUUACUCCAUUAUUAAAAUCACCGACUACUCUGUGGAUCUAAAUACUAAAUCACGAAGGAUUUUUACAAUCCUUUCCCUAGAUGUCAUACUGCCGGAUUGUUGUCCGAUCGGAGAACCUACCAUCUGCUGUCAGCUAAGCGACAUGUUUGAAAGUCCUGACAUGAUUGAAAGUCCUGCCAUGUACCAUGUAUCCAAGAAAAGCACUUUCUAUAUAUGCUUGAAAUAGAUAAUUAGUUUACUAGGAAUUUGAUAAAACUGAUGGAAUCAAGUG